AUAUAUAUAUAUAUAUAUAUAUAUAUAUAAACUAAUCUACCAUGUAUAAUAGCCUUUUUUUAAAAAAAUAAAAUAAAAAGGAGAUCUCGUCAUUUCUUUACUUUUCUUUUACUUUUACUCUUCUACAAAAAUGGAAACAAUUCAACAAGAAAAUAAUUAUCAAAACAAAGUAUCUCCUUUUGAUGAAAAGACAGAACAACCCAAUACGAAAAUAACAGCAGGCCAAACUGGUUUACCUUGGUUGACUCAUGAUGCUGAUGCUGAAGGAUUUAAUGAAGCAUCUUCUUCAUCUCCUCCACCUAAAUUUAUGGCCAAACCCAAGGCUACUUCAUUGGUUCGAUUGCCGACUAGAAAGAGAACAAUGCAGAAGCAUAUCUAUAGUAUGCGUGAAGGACUGAAUCCUGUCAAGACACUCUGUAGUCGACUUUUAAGUUGGCAAAUCUCUGUCAAAUACUUGCUUAGCAUGUUUCAGCGUAUAAAAAAAGUUGAAUCCGCCACAGGCAAAGGAUAUCGAAAAAUUGACACUAAGUCGACUAUCCCGAGUAAAAUUCAAAAUCAGUUUAAAUCGUCUGAUGGCGUACAAGAUGCAUGGACCGCAUUCAGGCAAUUCACUCGUGAAAAUAGCUUAAUUCACCAGGACUUUGUUGAUUUCAUUGAGAAUGAAAUCAAGCCUACAUUGCAUGUUAUGCUGAAAGAUAUCAAGGAUAUGACACAAACAUUAAAGCAUGACAAAAAACUGCAUACAGCUACAUUGUGGAAUUGUCGUAAACGUGCUGAUAAAGUAAUCACUCGACUGAAUGCUGAUAUAUAUAACACACAAAAGACUUUGGAGAAAGUAAAAGGGCCUUAUGUUAUCCCUAAACGCGAUCCUUUAUUGACAAAAUACGUUGUUAUUCGUACUGUCAGAAAUCUUUAUCAGCAUGAAAAUCAAUUGCACAAAGACUUCCUCGAAACACAGGAUAAAUACCGUCAAUUUGAACAAGAAAAGAUUAUUAGUGCCUAUACUCAACUCUUUCAAUCAUUCGAAACCUAUCGCAUCAAUCACCAUCUUGAAAAUCUGGAAGGUGUGAAUAAAGUUGCUGCCAUCUUUAAUGCGAUCGAAAAUGAUGCUGAAUGGGUGGAUUUCUUCAACCAUCAUGACAAUGAAUUAGUUAAACCUAAAGCAGCCUACAAGAGUGAACAAGAGCCUGAUUUUCCUAAUGCUUCUCAUCCUCUUGUUCAGCCAUUAGCUAUUAGUACAUUGCAAAAGCAUCACAGCAAGAAAUGGACAGAUGCUUUCUAUGUGUUGAGUCCAGUUGGAUUGUUGUAUCGUUAUAAGUCAGAAAAAGACUUGCUUCAAUCUCCUUUUAAACCGGACAUGACCAUGUUUAUUCCUAAAUGCGCAAUCCUUAUUAGUUCAAAUAAGGAUCUUUUGCAGCUUGAGGGUAAACCUUUGAAAGGACUUUUUGCAAGCAAGAGAAUUGUUCAAUUGUCCAGUACAGAUCCUGCUCUGAUUAGACACUGGAUUGAUUUGAUGAGUCCUAUGGCUAUUCAACAAGAAACAGCUGUUAUUGAUGUUCAUCCUCCACCUCAACAAGAAGCCACACAUCCUCCACCUCAGCAAGAAAUCACUCAGCAAGAGACUAUCCCACUAGAACAAGACGCUCGAUCGAUGCACUCCAAAGUGCAAGAUGAAAAUGAUGUCAAGGAUGCUAAAUUAACUAAUGCUGGUGACACAAGUGCUGCUGCUGAUGAAAGCAGGUCGGUAGUCGAAUCUAUAAACAACAAUGCAAGUCAAGGGCAUGUUAGUGAACCUGCCGAUGAUCGAGACCAAGAGAUUGAGCAUCAGGUGCACGUAAGAACUCCAACUGCUGAAGUACUUUAUGAUACAAAGGGAGGUCAGACAAAUGACCGUAUGCCAGGUCCUACGCGAGAAGGAAGUGAAUUAUACUGGGAUACUACUUCUUAAAUACUUUUUAAUAUACUGAUAAUAAAUAUACAUGUUAUGAUUACCUUUA